AGUCUAGCAUUCAAUUAAAACUAUUAUGAUUCCUAAUUUACUAACCAUUAAAUAUCUGUUCAGGAUGUCUAGAGUUAUAGUAAAGAAUCUCCCUAAGACAAUCACAGUCGAUCGUCUCAUAAAGCACUUUUCUUCCCAUGGGACUGUAACUGAUGUCAAACUCAUGAAGACAAAAGAUGGUGUGUUUCGCAAAUUCGCAUUCGUUGGUUUUCAGAACGAUGAUGAAAGUCACAAAGCAAUGGGGUUUUUUAAUAAAACUUUUAUCGAUUCCUCAAAAAUUGUUGUAGAAAGUGCCAUCCCCUUUGGAGAUGGGAAUCUUGCUAGACCUUGGAGUAAGUACUCGGCAGGUAGCAGCGCCAAUGAUGCAAAUCAAGGUAGCACUGCGAUCGAAAAAAAGAGAAAGAAACUCAAGUCUGGCAAUGAAAGUGACUCGGAGGAUGAAGAAUUUCAGGAAUUUUUGGACGUUCACAAAAAAGAUCGAACUAUUUGGGGUAACGAUGAAACAGUUAUGUCUGGGAAGAAAAGGAAUGUCGACGAAGCAGUUUCAGACUCCUCCAGUGAUGAAGAAUACGACCAAGAAGUUACAGGCUCUUCCAACAAGAUUAAAAAAUUAGAGCCUUCAAAAGUCCCAACAACAGAUGAAGUCAGUGGUCCAGAAAUACCAUCCCAUCGCUACACCGUGGUGCUGAAGGGGAUCCCAUUUGCUGCCACUGAGGCUGAUAUCAAAAAGUUCUUCCAUCCCCUAGCAUACAGAACAGUCAGGAUGACUCUAGACAAAAAGGGUAGACCUUCUGGAAAAUGUUUUGUUGACUUCAAAUCGGAAUCAGAUCUGCGCAAGUCUUUAAAAUACAACAAGAAGUACAUGGGUCCUAGAUAUGUUGAGGUAUUCAGGGAUACUGGAACCAAAGCUGAGAAAGAUGGUGUUCCCCAGAAUCAGCGAAAAAACUUUACAUUCAGUUCCAAUCUACCCGAUGAGUCUAAAGAUUCUGCAGACUCAGGGUGCUUGUUUGUCAGAAACUUACCUUAUGAAUGCACUGAUGAACAACUGAAAUCUCACUUUGAAAAGAUUGGUCCUGUAUCAGUUAUUGAUUUACCUCUGACAAAGAAUAACAAAACAAAAGGUUUCGCUUAUGUGACAUUCCUUUUCCCAGAACAUGCCAUAAAAGCAACGAAUGAAUUAACUUUUAAACCAUUUCAAGGCAGACUCAUUCACAUAAUCCCUAGUAAUAAAGUUGAUGAAGAAGGUAAUGAAGACGACAGCACUGAUUUUAAGAAAAAGAAGCUGAAGAAACAAAAACAGUCGUUGCAAGACGGAAAGUGCUGGAACACUCUUUUCUUGAACCAGAACGCAGUUUCAGAGUACUUAGCUCACCGGUUGAAAGUCUCUAAAAGCGAUGUCCUAGAUCCGAACAGUGAAAAUUCCGCAAUUCAACUAGCUCUGGGAGAAACUCAACUUUUACAAGAAAUUAAAGAAUUCUUAACAAAUGAGGGUGUCAUCCUGGACGCUUUUACAAGUUCAAAACGCAGUAAGAGGAUAAUCGUCUGCAAGAACAUUCCAUUCGGUACACAAGAACGUGAACUUAAUGAGCUCUUCAGUGAACACGGUAGUAUAGGCCGACUAGUUCUACCCCCUACUGGUACCAUUGCUCUUAUAGAAUAUCUCGAUCCUUCAGAAGCAAUGAAAGCUUACAAAAAACUAUCCUACUCCAAGUUCAAGCAUAUUCCUUUGUACUUAGAAUGGGCACCCGAGGAAACCUUUUCAGAACAGUUCAAACCAUCCGACAAAAAAGUGUAUAAAACAGUUGAUGAGGAUCUUGAAAAUAUGGAACAUGCUACGCUCUUUGUCAAAAACUUAAACUUUGAUACGACCGAGGCACAGCUGAAAGCUUUCUUCGAGAAGAGUGGCAGUGUCACAAGUGUUUCCAUUGCGAAGAAGCCAAGUCCUAAAUCAGCAAAUGGUUUCUUGUCAAGAGGCUAUGGCUUUGUUGAAUUUGGUUCUAAGGAAUCAGCUAAGGAUGCCAUGAAAAAGUUAAAUGGUAAGCUCCUUCAGGAUUAUGCGGUAGAGUUAAAACUUUCUGAGAAGCAAAUAUCGAAAGUACCUGAAACUGUAGAAAAGGCACGUAACCUCAAAGAGGCUUCAGCAAAACUCCUCAUUAAAAACAUUCCGUUCGAAACCACAAGGAAAGAUCUCCGCAAACUAUUCAGUGCCUUUGGUGACAUUAAGCAUAUUCGCCUACCUAAAAAGCUGGCAGGAACUGGAGACCACCGUGGAUUUGCUUUUGUGGAAUUCUCAUCCAUCGCAGAGGCUCGCAAAGCAUUCGAAGCAACCGGUGACAGCACUCAUAUCUACGGUAGAAGGCUUGUGGUAGAAUGGGCUAAGGAGGACGCUACUGUUGCUGAGAUGAGAGAGAAAACUGCAGAAGUGUUUGUUCCGACAGAGGUGGAAAAGAAGAAGAAAACUGUUCAAGGAUUGGAGAUAUCGUGAAAACACAAAAUCUUUUUCAGAUGGAAUUUUAACAAUCGAAAAUGUAUGAAUUUUCUUUUAAUGGAGUUAAUUGGAAUUUUAGGCCUUUACAGCUUUUCAAUGAUAGUUGAUUUCAUAUUUUAGGGACACUUUUUAGAGGGAGAUUUAAGUUAUUUUAUGAUCAUCUCUGCAAGCAGUUUUUACUUUAAUUUAUUGACAUUGUCUCAGCUUUACAAAACUUACUGCUUAUCAUUGAUUCUAUCAACUCAAUUACAUAAUAUUCGCUUGCUAAAUGAGAAAGUGUAGUUACCGAGUAGUAAAUGAUGGAUAAUUCUAAAAUUUAAAAAUAUCAAUCU